AUGAAGUUUUACAUAUUUUUACUCAGUUUAACAUUAUUUUUUAAUGACUGUUUAACAUUAUGGUGUUAUCAGUGCACCAGUGCUAUACCUGGAUGUAUGGAACCAUUUAAUUGGCGUGGUGUUGGUUACCUUGGAAAUCCAUGCCCUGAUUCUGAAGAUAUCUGUGUGAAACUGAUUGAAAGAAAAGGAGCUCAAACAUUCAUAACAAGGGAUUGUUUAAGUAACUUUAGAGCAUUCCGGACUGAUAUACCAGCUGAUACAUAUGAGGGGUGCCGUCCAGCCGCUAGAGAUGUUAAUUUGGCCAACUAUGUUAAUAAUACUAUCAAAGAACUAGAUAUUAAAAGGGACUGGUAUGAUGAAACAACUUGGUGUUUUUGUUUCCUUGAUCAUAGAUGUAAUGGGGCAUCAAGCAUAUCAACUACAAUGGCAUUACUAAUUCCUACAUGUAUGUUACAGUUAUUGGUUCUAGAAAAGUAUAUACAAGCACAAGCGACACAAGAAGCACAAGGAGGCAAAGUUGGAGAAACUUUGCCUUCUUAA